ACUUCCGCCAAGAUGGUAGUCGGCGCUUUCCCUAUCGCAAAGCUGCUCUAUUUGGGCGUUCGUCAGCUCAGCAAACCAGUGGCCAACAGAAUUAAAGCAGGAGCGAGGAGAAGUGAAUUCUUCAAGAAUUACAUAUGUCGUCCUCCGGCAAAUGCAUAGCUAGUUAUGUUUGUCAUUCUGAAGCAUACCACUGGAUCGAGAUGAAAACGAAGAUGAGGAUAAUGGGCUUUCGUGGCUCUGCCAUCAAACCACUUAACGAGGAUGCGGCUGCAGAGCUGGGAGCCGAACUGCUCGGAGAGGCCAUCAUCUUUAUCAUCGGCGGCGGCUGCCUUGUACUCGAGUACAGCAGGCAGGCGGCAAACAGCAGGAGAAAGGAAGAAGAGCUGAACGUCACGAUCAGCAGCCUGCAGACACAAAUCGGAGAACUGGCCCUGACCACAGAAACUUUAGACGCUCAGCUCCGUGAGGUCAACAGGCUUCUACUGUCCUUGCCGUCUGCCCCGAGUGGCAAAUAACAACCAUAAACAUUAACGCGUGGCUCUGAGUGGAACAGACAGACUAAAUCUGUAUGUGUGUGAUGUCCUACAAUACAAAGAAGCAACAAUAUGAUGUAUAAUGACAUUUAAUUAAAAUCCUUCCACACACACAGCCUGUGAUCAACAUUUAAGAGGGCAACAGAACCUGUGAUUUAGUACGUCUUCAUUUUGUGGCUUGGUUCAGUAUUGCAUAUAUGGAGAGCAAAUGAUUCAUAUAUCACACUCAACAGAAACAUUUCAUAUGUCUCCUUAGGACUUUUGUAGUUCAUUAUAAAACUGAAUUUGAUUUGAUGGCUGUAGCUUGUAGGAGUUUGAAGGUCAUUUCAAAUAAGUUAAUUCUUUCCUGAAUCCAGUUAUUUAAUAUUGACCGCUUGCUGCUCACAGCGAGGGAACUUAAAGUGCAGUUCCUUUGGUUAGGUUAGCGAUGCUCUCCUCAAGCUGCAGUUUCAUGCUCUAAAACUCAAUUUUAUGCACUCAGCUAUUCUACUGAAAUGAUUGGGAUGUGUUCGAGUGAUGCAAAACAGGCUAGGGAUCAUUGUAUUAAUGAUAAAUUUGACAAAAUUGACUCAAAUUUGUGAUAACAAACCUGAUGCCUGUGUAGUGCUACUGCUUGUUUUGAAGAACGGAAGAAACGUGCAAUGCGAGAAGUGUAUAUUGAUUAUUGUAAAAUAAAAUAAAUGUCCUAUA